AUGUUUCCGGUAUUUCAAUUGCAAGAAGGAGCUACGAUAAAAAGAUGUAUUUUCUCUGGGGCUGAUGGAAUUCAUUGUAAUGGAAGCUGUAUUGUAGAAGAUUGUUGGAAUGAAAAUGUUGCUGAUGAUUCUAUUACUCUUCUUGGGACUAAUCCAGAUGCAGUAUAUACAAUUCAAGGUGGAGGCGCAAAAAAUGGAAAAGGGAAAAUUAUACAAUUUGACGGGGCUGGAACACUAAAUGUCAACAAUUUUUAUAUAAACGGUGCUGGAGAAGGAAUACGUACUUGUGGUAAUUGCCAGUCACAGUAUCGUAACCGUAAAAUAAAUGUGAAUGGAUUAACUAUAGAAAACCUCCAAGCUGGACAAUAUGUUGUUGGGGUAAAUAAAAAUUAUGGAGAUGUAGCUACCCUCAAAAAUAUUCAUAUUCUUGGAUCAACAGCAAAUCAAGUAUUUCCUUGUAAAGUAUUCCAAGGAAAUAAUCAAGGUAAAAAUCCAAACGUUCUUGGCAUGGAAAACAAUAAAGGAGAUGGAACUUAUUGUAUUUAUAGUGAAAGUGAUAUUCAUAUUGGUUCAUAAAUAUAAGACGAAAGAAUUUUUUCUAAGAUAUGGAAUUUUAAAAUUUUAUUCUUUAAUUAAUAUAUACUUUGAUAUACUGGCAU